AUGUUUGCAGAUGAUCUACUCUUAUUUGCUAGAGCUGAUAUGAGUUCCGUUGUUAAAAUCAUGAAUGUUUUGCAAGCUUUCUCUCAAGCUUCAGGCCUUUCUGCUAGUAUAGAGAAAAAUAGUAUAUAUGUGGCAGGAGUUUCACAAGCAAAAGCUGCAAACUUGGGUGAUAUUGUUCAAUUGCCAGUAGGAGUGCUCCCAUUCAAAUAUCUGGGAGUUCCUUUAACUUCUAGGAAAUUAAACUUUGCUCAAUGUGCUGUCAAUCCCUCUAAUAAAGCUCUUGUGGCCUGGGCUCAGUUCUAUAAGCCAAAGAAAGCUAGAGGUUGGAAUAUGAUACACUACAUUAUCUACUUAGGAUCUCACCAUGCGGAACCUCGUUUAUCAUCUAGUUCUGAAAUUAUUACAAACUCGCACCAUGAAUUGAUUUCCUCAGUAUUAAGGAGUGAUUCUAAUCCUUCCGAAAGGAUGAUAUAUUCUUAUAACAAGAUUUUUAAUGGCUUCGCUGCAACUUUAAAUGAAGAGGAGGCCAAUGAACUUGCAAAACAUCCUAAUGUUGCAUCGAUUUUCGAAAAUAGAAAUCUUAAGAUGGCAACAACUCAAUCACUGGAUUUCUUGGGAUUACAUUAUCCGCCAAAAGAGGCACCAGAAUCCAAAGAUUCGAUAUGGGAGAAAGCAAACUACGGAGAUGGCAUGAUCAUAGCAAAUAUUGAUAGUGGUGUUUGGCCGGAAAGUGAGAGCUUUUCUGACAAAAGCUUUGGCCCUAUUCCCAAAAAGUUUAAAGGAGCGUGUGCAAAUGAGCAUGAUCCAGCAUUCAAAUGCAAUAAGAAGUUGAUAGGAGGGAGAUACUUUUACAAAGGUGUUAUGAUACAAGCUAAGUCAAUGAACGUGAGCUUUAAUGAUACGUUGAGCCCUAGAGAUGAUAUCAAUGGUCAUGGCACUCAUACACUAUCAACAGCUGGAGGUAAUUUUGUCCCUGGAGUUAGCUGUCAUGGACUAGCAAAUGGGACUGCAAAAGGAACGGCACCAAAAUCACGUGUGGCAGCCUAUAAAAUAAUAUGGAAAUCUCUAGUCCCUGAUGAAAAAGCUAUCACUAGUGAAAUGGAUAUGUUGGCUGCUUUUGAAGCUGCUAUGGAUGAUGGCGUAGAUAUCAUUAAUUUGUCCAUGGGACCAAAUGAAUUUGUGGAAUAUACAAAGGAUGCUGUUGCAAUUAGUACUUUUCAUGCUAUGAAGAAUGAUAUUCUCGUAGUCGCUUCUGCAUCAAAUACUGGACCCUCACCACAAACAGUUGAAAACACAGCCCCAUGGGUGUUAACUGUUGCUGCAUCAACUGUAGACAGAGAGAUUUCUUCCUACAUCAUUUUAGGAAACCAUCUAAAGAUCAAGACCGCAAUGGAUACUAUUGAUAGCGUGUAUGCUAGACAACUUGGCGCUGCCGGUCUAAUCUUAGCAAGUGACGAGAAGCUGGAUCACGCAUUUUACAGGGCCAAGAAUCCUACUGCGUCAUUCACUACAACAAAUACUUCAUUGGGAACAAAGCCUGCUCCGAUCAUGGGUUGUUUCUCAUCUAGGGGUCCAAGCAAACUUAGUCCUGGAAUUUUAAAGGUCCCUGAUAUUACAGCUCCUGGGGUAGAUAUUCUCGCAGCCUUUCCUCCUAAUAAAUAUAAAACUCCAUACUUUAUGACAAGCGGAACAUCCAUGGCAGCUCCUCAUGUAGCAGGUAUUGCAGCUCUUAUUAAAAAAAUUCAUCCUGAUUGGACAACUGCAGCCAUCAAAUCCGCAAUUAUGACAACUGCAAGUCCCCUAGACAACACUGGGAUGCCAAUACGUGACUGUGAUAACGCGAGUGCUGCCACACCUUUUGCAUAUGGGACGGGCCAUGUGAGACCCAACCUUGCAAUGGAUCCCGGAUUGAUUUAUAACCUCAAUCAAUAUGAUUACCUUAAUUUCCUUUGCACAUUCCCUCAUAACAAUACAAUCUUGGAAAAGUUCAGUAAACAACAUUCUUAUAAAUGUCCAAGAUCCUUCAAUAUCUUGGAUUUUAAUUAUCCCUCCAUAUCUAUUCCUAACUUUACCGGCAAAGCAAUUGUUACUCGAGAGUUGACAAAUGUUGGACAGCCAGGCACAUACAUUCCACGCAUCGAAGCACCCACUGGGGUUUCAAUUGUUGUGGAGCCUAAGAUUUGGUGUUCUCAAAAAGGAUGA